AUGGACGCGCUCCUCGACGCGCGGCCAAAGCCAAAAGGCGUGACGCUUUGCCCGCGCUGCCGCGGCUUUCCGAAAGAGUCGAGCUGCGCCUUUUACAAUACCAAGACAAGAGAGUCGCUGGAUUUUCCGCCGUGGGGCACCGCCGCGAUUUGCUCGACGGUCUUUCACCACCAUGGCACGACGCAGUUUGUGUGUCGGUGCCGGGACACGGCUCUGACGCCCGUCAUGGACCGGGCCAAGACGAGCCAGAGCAAGCGGGCCCGAUACCACUCGGUCGUGUAG